AGUAUAUACGUAUAUAGUAUUUGUGACAAUUUAAUAAUGCUCAAGCUCAACUAUAAUUAGGUAUUAUUAUUUUGAAUUUGAAUUUCCAAAUGUACUCUAUUAUACACUAUUAGUAUUAUAAAUUACAAAUAUGAAACAAAUCGUACUCAUUGCGCCAUUUUACGGUUACUUUUAAAUAACAAUAAUGAACUGUGGAUAAUUUGUUUUGAAAAACAGUGGUCGCGUAACGGUGUGCAACUCGAUUUAUUCCUACUCCUUGGCAGCUAAUAUAUUUAUAUAUAUACCUAUAAUAAUACUGCCUAGUGUCUACUUACACCUUAAAAUCGACAAUCAGAGUAAUAUGUCAAAGUUUUGUGUUUUAUUUUAACUUAUUAAUUAUUGUUAGCGUGUUGCGUGUUUUCUUAAAGAAGAGAAAUCUACUCGUCGGUACCGACGUACUUACAAUGGCUGGUUAUAAAAAGGAAAAGCGGGAAAAGGAUAUCUCAAAGAAAAGCCGUCCAUCAAAAAAACCCAAAACUCAAAAUCCCUGUAACUGUUUGUCGUAUGUAAAAUCAUUUUUUCGAUUCAUCUAUGACUUUAUUGUGUCAUUCAUAUUUUACUUUAUUUAUAAAAACACUCCAUCAAAAAUAUUGCCUCCAGUAGAAGACCUAUUGGUUCUUGAUAGUUGUACAACUCUUGUCAAUAAAAUUAAAAAUAAAGAAGUUACAUGUCGCCAUGUUGUUGAAUGUUUUAUCAAACGAAUUGAACAAGUGAACCCAAUAUUAAAUGCUGUGGUUGAUACACGUUUCGACAAAGCAUUAGCCGAAGCUGAUGAAUAUGACAAACUUAUUGAACUAGCUGAUACAAAAGAUAAAAUAAAUUUAAUUUUUGAUGGCAAACCUUUAUUUGGAAUUCCAUUCACAUCUAAAGAAAGUACAGGAGCAAAAGGAAUGGCUUUUACUUUUGGUCUGGUAUCAAGAAUUGGUAUGAAAAGCGAUGAAGAUGCAGAAGUUGUAAAAUCAUUAAAGACUGCUGGUGCAAUACUCUUGGGCGUUACAAAUGUUCCAGAAAUAAACCUAUGGUGUGAAACUAGAAAUAAAGUUUAUGGACAAACAAAUAACCCUUACAACACAAAUCAUACAGCUGGUGGUUCUUCUGGUGGAGAAGCUAGUAUAGUGUCAGCUUGUGGUAGUCCUUUAGGUCUUGGGACAGAUAUUGGAGGUUCGGCUCGUAUUCCGGCAUUUAAUUGUGGUUUAUUUGGCCAUAAGUUGACUACAGGUUUUAUAAAUACAAAAGGUAUGACAUUUAGAAAAGGCACAGAAAAACAAACCAUGGUUAGUGCAGGACCUAUUACUAAAUAUGCUGAAGAUUUAACCCCCGUAAUUAAAGCUUUUCUUGGACCUGAAAAAUCAUUAGAAUUGAAAAUUGACCAAGAAGUUGAUUUGUCUAGUUUAAAGUAUUAUUAUGUUGAUAAACCCAAUGAUGCACGAGUCAGUCCCAUUAGUGAUGAAUUACAAAUAGUUUUAGAUCAUGUUAUAGAAUCUAUAGCUUCUAUCACUGAACUGCCUCCACUCAAAGUAAAAUUUUCAGGAACCUGUUAUAGUUAUAGUUUGUGGAGACACUCUAUGACAAAGGAAGAAUCAGAUUUUUGUGCAACAUUAGGAAACAAUCAAACUAGAGUUUCUGUAUGGACUGAAGUCCCAAAAACAAUUGUAGGAUAUUCAAAUCAUACUUUGGCUGCAGUAUUAAAAUUAAUAGAUUUGCAAUUACCACAAGUAAAUGCAGUUUGGGCUGAUGCUGAGAUUGAAAAACUUUCAAAUGAAGUAUCGACAUUGUUGGGUGAUGAUAGUGUGUUAUUUUUCCCUUCAUCUCCAACCACAGCAAAACAUCAUUAUGAACCAUUCUUGCAUCCAUACAAUUUUGCUUAUUGGGCCAUCUUUAAUGUACUAAAGCUACCAGUCACCCAAGUACCACUCGGUUUAGGUCUAAAUGGUUUACCAUUAGGAAUACAGGUGGUUGCUGGAAUGAAUCAAGAUCGGUUAUGUGUAGCUGUUGCAAAACACUUGGAAUUAAAAUUUGGUGGAUGGAAACCUCCUUUUACUACAAAAGUACCAUGAUAAAUUAAAAUAUACACUGGGGAGUUUUUUAUCAUAUUGAUUUUAUUUUUUGGUUAAAGGAAAUGUUUUUUUAUAUAAAUAACGUUAUACUCAUAAAUGCUAAUAUAGGUUACCAAUUGUGAUAUUUUAAUAUUUAUGUGGAAUAAUAGGUUUUAAUAUUGUGGUGAUUUUAUAUAUUAUGUUUAUCGUUUUAAUAUUAUAUUUAUUUUACACAAUUUACAUUGUAUACGUUCCAAAUAAAUAAAUAUUGGACUUUUUCUUGUAAUAUCGUUUUAAUAUUAUAUUUAUUUUACACAAUAUACAUUGUAUACGUUUCAAAUGAAUAAAUGUUGGACUUUUUCUUGUAAUAAUAUUAAUAAUUUUAACUGUUGAUACUUGUAUAAUAUAUUUAACAGUAAAGUUUAGAUUUACAGACACCAGCCAAAGACCAAAAACAUUCCACGAUAGAUAGUUUUAAAUUUUUUGAUAGUAGAAAUUAUAUAUAUUUUAAUCUUUCACUAGUGUUUGCUAUUGUGUGCAAACAUAUUCUUAAGAGGAUUCUAUCAUGUGGUUUUUUUGUCUUUGUCAAACACAUUUACAACAUAAGAUAUUAGACGUUUUCUUUGCCAAACAUACCAAUUGAUUCAACGAAGCGAUAAGAUUUCAGAAAACAAAAUUGAAUUUGACGUCUAGUCUAUUACAGAUUGACUUUCCCACAUUAUUGAUAUUAUCCCCACCCCCAAAUUCAAAAAAAAUCUUUUUUUUAUAAAAGUUAUUAAAAAUCUGUCAAAUUUCAUCUUUGAAUAAGUUAAAACCAAAAAAUCCAAAACAUGGAAAAGUUGUUCUCGAGUAGACUUAGUGAAAAUGGAAACGUUUUUAGAAUUCUUAUUGUUUCAUUGAAUCAAUUUGGUAUGUUUGGCAAAAAACACGUCUAAUAUCUUAUGCCACUCGGUGUAAAACAAAGAUAGAAAAUCACUAGGUAGAAUCCCCUUAAAUAAUUUUUCUUUAUUUAUAGAGGUUUCACUGUUAAUAUAUAUAUGUGUGUGUGUGUGUAUGUGUCUGAAUAUAUUUUCGAACAAGGGCCAAGGCUAUUUUACUACAAUACUGAAUACAUUAUAUUAUUAACCAUAAUGUUAUCUUAAUCUGAAUGUUUUUCAAUUUUUAUGCUCAUUUUAAACCUGUAAUACUAUUUGUACUGGUGUUGGAUAUACUUGUAUAAAUAUAAUACAUUAAAUUACUUUUUACAAGGUAUUUUAAGACUGUUAACAAACUUAGUAUUUGUAAUGCAAUAAUAUUAUAUUAUACUAUUAUAUAGUAAUAAAAGCAAUAUUAUGCUGUUUAAAAUUAUAA